GUUGUACUUAUCGACGGCGUCCCCUCGGUGCCUUUCCCUCUUCUCUGGUCCUACUAUUCAUACUGCCUCAAUACAGUUAUAUCUAAUACAGCUUCCUCCCAAACACCACUCUUUUCCAUUCUGCUUCUUCUCUGAUUCAUCCUCGAACCACUGUGCUGCUUGCUUUUACUGAGUGCGGCUAGUCGAGCUAUGCCCGCUAUGACCAUUACACUGAGUGACCAGGCACAUACUGUGUCUGAGACCUCAUCGACGAACAAUGGCAUCUCAGGGACAGAAUCCAAGAAGUCAGGCACUCGGAAUGGCCAUCCCCAGAGCAACUGCCACCAGCUGCCGCCUCCCCCAUCGCAACCCACUGCGGAGGGGGAAUACCGGUGCGGAAUCUGCAACAAGACAUACAGUCGACGUGAUCUGCGGGACCGGCACCGUCGCCGUUGUAUUAAGAACAUUGGCCAGGAACGCCAGUCCAAGCGCAAAUCCUGCGACGCCUGUGCGCAGAAGAAGCUGCGGUGUUCCAUGACCCGGCCCUCCUGUAGCCGAUGUAUCCAAAGCCGACGGCCUUGCGUGUAUCCGCAGUCUUCUAUUCCUGUUCAAGCUCCCAAUCUUGAUGAUGCUCAAGAUAAUAUUGUUACGUCUUCCGGCUCCCUUCACUCAGUUUCGGUCUGCACCGGUAUAAUACCUGGUGGCACGACAUGGGCCCUUCCCACAUAUCCGUUCGACACCCCGUCUACUGCCGACGAAGUAAAUGAUGUUUCGGGCUCCUCCUGGAGUCCCGAAACUCCAACAAAUGCCGAACUUGCGUUCCAAACCGUUAACGAGAGUACUAUGUUUCCCAUGCAAGAUGUCUCGUUGAUGAACUCCCCGCCCUGGCAAGAGGAUCUCCAUGAACGGCCCGAAACCCUUGGGCUGGAGGAGUUCUUUUCCGGGUCGCUUGACAGUUGUUCGCCAGCUAUGUAUAUACCACCGACGAUGGGGUCCUCUCCAGUGACCAUGGUGCCUCCUACCCCGGCUACUCUCCCGGGUGACUCUUAUGCUACGGGAGGCGGACUGAAUAUGUCAUCGGUAUCUCCUGGCUAUUUCGAUAAUUUCUGGCCCGAUAACAUGGCGUCCACCGAUGAAGACCACGAAACUUGGCGAUUCAGCACGUACACAGAUAGCCGGUCCGGAUCGGGGUUCGGCCAAAACUUCCUGCCCAAAACAAGUCAUCAUAGUCCGGGUGACACCGGUGAUCUCUAUCAAGAGCUGUUCAGCUUGUUACGUGAGUACCCUGGGCUGGCUCUGCAGAGACAGUUCUACUCGCCUUUCCUACACCACGAGCUACAAGGGUAUGCGAUGCAAUCGUUGGGCCAGCCAAUUAGCACUACUCUGAGUUCGAUAUCAUCCUAUGCUAGUUAUCUGGAGGCUUGUGAUACAUUUGAUUUGUCAAUGCACGAUGGGGAGCGGCUCGCAGCAGCAGAAGGCUGCGUGGUAGCGCUUCAUGCUGUCUGUGUUCAACAGAUCCUGAGCAUUUUCGGCGAUAACUUCGCCACCACCGGCUUCAGCAAGCUCCCAAACUUUGCAGGCGAUCAAGGGCACACCGAGACUCCUGUUGACAUUCUCUUGAGGAUGACGCAGCGGGUCUACAAACUUCAUGAGGACGUUCUUCGCACCCCCCAUGAAGAUGAAACGGAUUGGCGCCGAUGGAAAUUCGCCGAAUCCCUGCGACGUAAUAUUUUCUUCGCCAAUAUAAUCCGAACAUUAGCAGGACGGGCCCGCCGUUACAACGGGAUCAACAUUGACCCGCUAGAUAGCGCGAUCCUUCUUCAGCUGCCGUUGCCGGCGCCGGAGGAAAUGUGGCGAGCACGCAGCGAGGGGGAGUGGAUGAUAGCCCGCGCACAGACGCAGCGGUCGUGGGCGCGGGGCGUGGAUGGCAGCAUGCUGCCAGCCCUGCGGACCCUACAACAACUGCUGGUGCUGGAAGAGGUUGGCAGUGUAAGUGUUACGUUAUUGCUUCCCAUCACACGCAUGAUUCUGGCGUGUGCCAAGCUCAAUGGAGCUUCAUAUGGCUGAGGUGGACCGGUGGGCCCCGCGAUAGGGCGAUUAUGAUCGUCACGGAUGAAUUUCUUUUUGCAUGAUUUUCUUGUUUCCAAAAUACCCUGUUCUUCUCACGAAGACUACGAUCAUCGUGGGAUGUAUUAGUUUUGUAUCCGCUAGAGAGUAGACUAGAUCCUGAUUGCAAGGC